UGCUCUCCCGCUCCCAAGCCCCUCCCUCCUCGCCUAGCUAGGGUUCUACUUUCCCCUCCAACUCCGACAAGGUUUCACCGGCGACGUGCGCCACCAUGACGGCCGCCGAGCUGCUCCGCGCCCAGCUCGAGGAGCACAACAUCGAGGAAGAUGAGCCUAUCCUUCAGGAUGAUGAUAACGACGAUGAAUACGAUGAUGAGGAUGAGGAUGAAAAAGAUGACGAUGAUGUUGAGGAUAUGUUCAAAUUCUGUAGUUCCUUCUAUUCAGUUCAAGUAGCCACUUAGUUACAGAUAAGCCUAUUUCUUAUCGUAAUGCUGCCUAGUUCUAACAUAAAUUUUGAGAUCUGAAGUUAAUGGCCACAUCAAAAUUCUAAUUUAGAAAUUGUUAUCUGAUCUGUUCCUCAAUGAUACAAACUCUAUAUUUACCUAUUUUGGUUCACUUUGACCUGUUUUUUAUUUGAAAAUUAGGAACCGACCAGUUUGUUCCUGUUCUAACGUUCUGUUCUUUAUGAACCAUCGAUAUGCCUUUGUGGUCUAUAUUCUCACUUUUUUGGAACUGUAUCAUAUUUACUCAUUCCUCAAUUAUUCAGCACUGCUUAUUUACAGAUACUAUAUUUUCUUGAGUACUUCCUGCCAUUUGUAUAUAAUAUUCACCUCUGUAAGGUGGCACCUUGUUUCAGUUUCAACUUGCAUUAACAUAUACAUGAAUGUUCAGCUAUAGCAUUUAGUUUGAUAGGAACAAAUCCUGAAUGUAAAAUCUUGGUUUUGCAAGUAUAAUUUUGGUAGGUGAAUCAUUUCAAUGCAUUUAGUAUGACCUGAUAGUGGGAUUUCCAUUAUAUGAAUAGCUAAUCCUUUGUACCUUACCCAAAGUGCCAAAACUAAGAUCUUGUUCAAAAUUCCAAAAUCGACAAUGGAUACCAAGAAGACUUGAUUGCAGUCACAGUUUUUGUUCAAUCGUGCUUGAGAAAAAGUUCAAGUGUUGUAUGAAUGUUACACUUUCCAUUUCCAACGAUCACCGAUAAUAAUUCACAAAGUGAACUAUGUCUAGUUGUAAAAUUCUGGGGUUAUGCAAAAAUUUGAAAAUCUGACAUUAUGUGCCUGUGCUUUCUGGCACUAGGAGGUGAUGCUAGUGCAAGAUCUAGGAGUGAGAAGAAGUGCAGGAAAGCCAUGGAGAGGCUUGGCAUGAAGGCCAUUACUGGUGUGAGCCGUGUAACUAUCAAGCAGAGCAAGACCGCUACGUUUGUUCUCUUGAAGCCAGACGUCUUCAAGAGCUCGCAGUCAGAAACCUAUGUCAUGUUCGGGGUUGUCAAGAUGGAGGACAUGGACGCUCAGCUGCUGACAGAAGCGGCGGAGCAGUCCAAGGCGUCGGUACCAAGCAGCAUCAUCUCAAAGGGUGAGCAGUCCGUGGCAGAAGCCCAAGACGACGAGGUGGUCGACGAGACGGGCAUUGACAAGAAGGACGUCGAGCUCGUGAUGGCACAGGCCCCCGUGUCGAGGUCCAGGGCUGUGAAGGCGCUCAAGGCUGCAGAUGGUGACAUUGUCAGCGCCAUCAUGGAGUUGACUAACUAGGUGAUGAUAGGGUGGGGGUCGCAAAUCAGUCUUGUCAUGUCAUCUUGAAUGUUGCAGUUGCGGAAUGGGAGGCUGUCUGUUGAAACUAGUACUGGCAUGUAGGUUUUAGAGGCGUUUUAACAUCUGAGGACCAGCAAACUGCUUGCUCUUGUGCACAAUUCUGAAUCGGCUGUGCCAAAUUUUGCUACAAAUGCA